AUGUUCAGGCUUCUAUCCAAAUCCCACUCUUUCAGAAAACCAAGCUCGUCAUCCUCAUUUUCAUCCAGUUACUCGCAAACCCAUAUUUGCAAUUCAAUAUGCUCAACUUCAAUCUCCCCCAAUCCAUCUGCAUCUCCUAUAGAACAUUCCAAUUCGCCAAAAUCAACCCAUUUCAUAAAUGGGUAUCCGCACAUUCAGCUUUUGGGUCGAAAGUUUUGUUUUUUAGGAUCGCAGAUUGGUUCUCGACGGCUGUUCUCAUCUGGGUAUUGUCUGAAUUGUGUAAAUUUAAGGGCAAAUGGGUUUUUGAGAGUUCAGAGUGUUGUGGCUGAAACCAGGAGUUUCUGUAGUGAACCGGACAGAGAGUCUAUUCAAUAUGAUGUUGUCAUUGUUGGAGCUGGACCGGCCGGUCUAUCGGCGGCGAUAAGGUUGAAGCAAUUGUGCCGUGAAAAGGAUGUUGAUUUAUCUGUGUGUGUUGUGGAGAAAGGAGCUGAAGUGGGUGCUCACAUUAUUUCUGGCAAUGUUUUUGAGCCACGGGCACUGAAUGAACUUCUCCCACAAUGGAAAGAGGAAGAGUCACCAAUCACUGUCCCUGUGACUUCUGACAAGUUUUGGUUUCUUACAAAGGAUCGUGCAUUUUCACUGCCAUCUCCUUUUAGUAAUAAGGGAAAUUAUGUUAUAAGUUUAAGUCAAUUGGUACGAUGGAUGGGAGUGAAGGCAGAAGAAUUGGGAGUAGAAAUAUAUCCAGGCUUUGCAGCUAGUGAGAUAUUAUAUGAUGCAAACGACACGGUUAUUGGCAUUGGAACUAAUGACAUGGGAGUUGCAAAAGAUGGUUCAAAGAAGGAAAAUUUCCAACGUGGCAUAGAACUGAAAGGGCGAGUCACACUUCUAGCUGAAGGGUGUCGAGGAUCAUUAUCGGAGCAAAUAAUGAAAAAGUACAACUUGAGAGAGAAGGGAGAUGCUCAACAUCAGACAUAUGCUUUGGGAAUUAAAGAGGUUUGGGAAAUUGAUGAAGGAAAGCAUGACCCCGGUGCUGUGCUGCACACUCUGGGUUGGCCCUUGGAUCAAAAGACAUAUGGGGGUUCAUUUUUGUACCACAUGAAAGAUAGACAGAUUUCUAUUGGCUUUGUGGUUGCUCUGAAUUAUCAUAACCCUUUCUUGAACCCUUAUGAAGAAUUCCAGAAAUUCAAACAUCAUCCUGCAAUCAAGCCACUGCUGGAAGGUGGGACUGUUCUUCAAUAUGGGGCUCGCACUUUGAAUGAAGGUGGUUUUCAGUCUAUCCCAUAUCCAGUUUUUCCUGGAGGAGCGGUUAUUGGAUGUUCAGCGGGUUUUUUAAAUGUACCCAAAAUAAAGGGAACACAUACUGCUAUGAAAUCAGGCAUGCUAGCUGCAGAAGCUACAUUGAGUGUACUACAUGAAGGCUCAAACAUGGAAAAAUAUUGGGAUGCUUUAAGGAGUUCAUGGAUAUGGGAAGAACUUUACAAGUCUCGGAACUUCCGACCUGCAUUCGAAUAUGGACUUAUUCCUGGACUGGCCAUAAGUGCUUUAGAACAUUAUAUAAUGAAAGGAAGAGCCCCCUUGACGCUGAAGCAUGGAAAACCAGACCAUGAAGCAACAAAUGCUGCACAGUUUCACUCUCCAAUUCAAUAUCCAAAGCCAGAUGGGGUUUUAUCUUUCGAUAUUCCAACCUCCCUACACAGGAGCAACACAAAUCAUGAACAUGACCAACCAGCUCACCUUCGGUUGAGGGACCCCAAGAUUCCUGAACUUGUAAAUUUGCCAGAGUAUUCUGGUCCUGAGUCACGAUAUUGUCCUGCGCGUGUAUAUGAGUAUAUCCCAGAUGAAAAGGGUCAGCUGAAGUUGCAGAUCAAUGCUCAAAACUGCCUACAUUGCAAGGCAUGCGAUGUCAAAGACCCAAGGCAAAACAUUCAGUGGACCGCGCCAGAAGGAGGUGGUGGCCCAGGCUACUCCAUAAUGUAG